UCGCAUUGGAAACUGUCACGAGUGACGUCAAUCACAGAGCUCUGACCAAUUAGAGCGCUCGGUGAUUGUUUGGCUCCACGGGCUGCAGCGCCUACCAUGAAUCUCUAUUCAGUAUAUCAAAGCGUCCUGCUGCUGCCUCUCAACCGAAUGGGAUUCCACGUAGGCACUGAGAUAGCAACUAAACUUUAGGAGAAGUUUAUUUUUUAUUUAUUUAUUUUUUUCUUCUGUAUUCUUCAAAGCGAUUAAAAUAUAUUUGUCAUCAUCAUUAUUAUUAUUCUGCCUGCUGUCAAGUUAUUCUAAAAUUAGGAGUAAUGAGCGUGGAUGCUUUGGGAAGCCCUGUGAUGGACCCCGCGUUUUCCAAACGGAACACGACGCUGAGAUUAGUUGACUUGGCAGGGGCUCACCACCAUCACCAUCAUCACCACCAUACCCCUCAGAGCGUGACAGGCUUCCCGGGGUUCAGCAGCCAUCCACACUCAAUGGCUCACUCGCACCCUGGGGAGAUUACUGCGGAACCCCGCCUGGGGCCGAGUCCAUUCGGGCCAGAACACAUGGGGCACUCCGCGGCCCUCAAAAUCAGCCCAACCCAUCAUUAUCCCCACCACCAUCACCACCACAAUCAUCAUAUUGCAGGCCACAGUGAAGUGGUCUCCAGUCAAACGGGAGCUUUUGGCCCGGUGCAGGCGGCAACGGUCCCGUACUCUAUGUCUCACACGGCCCAGGCGCUAUCCGCAGGUAGCUAUCCGGGACACUAUGGUCAUCACCCCGACCCUGGGAACCAUACGCUCUUCCCUGGACUUCAUCACGAUCAGCCAUCUACCGGAGCACCAGGUGGCCAAGCCUUGAACGGACAAAAGUUAGGAAUACCUGCCGAAAUGUACGUUCGGUCUGAUCAUUUGAGUCAAGUAGCGAGCUCCAGGGCAGACCCGUUUGCUGCUUCUCCUCUGCACGGAUACGGCGGGCUCAAUCUGAACAUGAAUCUCAGUGCACAUCACCACCACGGAGCUGGCGCUUUUUUCCGUUACAUGAGGCAGCCGAUCAAGCAAGAGCUCAUCUGCAAGUGGCUGGAGCCAGAGCACUCGGCGAAAAAACGUUGCUCCAAAACUUACAGCACCAUGCACGAACUAGUGACACAUGUGACUGUGGAGCACGUCGGAGGACCGGAGCAAGCGAACCAUAUCUGUUUUUGGGAAGAAUGUCCACGAGAGGGAAAGCCAUUUAAAGCAAAGUACAAACUUGUGAAUCACAUCAGAGUGCACACCGGAGAGAAACCAUUUCCUUGUCCGUUCCCAGGCUGUGGAAAAGUAUUUGCCAGAUCGGAAAACUUGAAAAUACACAAGAGAACACACACAGGUGAAAAGCCUUUCAAAUGCGAGUUUGACGGCUGUGACAGACGGUUCGCCAACAGCAGUGACCGGAAGAAGCAUUCCCACGUACACACUAGCGAUAAGCCGUACAACUGCAAAGUCAGAGGUUGUGACAAAUCGUACACGCAUCCCAGCUCUUUGAGAAAACACAUGAAGGUGCACUGCAAGUCUCCACCUCCGAGUUCUGGUUACGAAUCAUCGACUCCAUCUCUUGUUUCUCCUUCAUCGGACUUGGGAAGGGAGCCAGCUCCCUCUGCGCUCUCCGAGCCUCUCUCAUCAUCGUCCCAGCCGGCCAAUUUAAGCGAAUGGUACGUGUGUCACAGCUCCGGUGCCAGUGGCCCUCAGACCCCACCCAGCGGUUCAUCCACACCGGGCCAUACAGAGGGGCCAGCGUACGGCAAUCCUGAACGGAGGGACGCCUUCUAACAAAAUGCUCGCCCUGUAAUAUUGUAUUGGCAAAGUGACUAAAAUUACUUUGACAUCUUAUCUUAUUUGGACAGUCCGUUUUGGACUGAAUGGUCGCAGGCUGACGCCUGUGGAAGUCAGUUCAAAGAGCAGGCUUGUUCACUGUUACUGCCUUACUGAAGGAUGCACUGGCCCUUUGACAGCUAAUGUCACUGCCUAACCACCAAUCAAUAUAAAACACGUCCCGAGUGUCUAUGUUUCUAAAUAGUGUACCGACCGUACGCAUGUCACUGUAAUAUUUUGUAAAUUCCGCUUUGAUUUCCAUAUCUUUUUUAAUUUAUUUUUUAAUCGGUAAAUAAUUUCUUUUUGUAUUAUUGAACCAAAGUGCUUAAUUAUUAAACCUGUACAGUUGCAAAUGAUGACGUUUUAAUGUCUUUGUGUGAACAGUAAUUUUGUAAGGUUUUGUCCUUCAGCAAUUUUUAAAUGUUUGCUACUAUGCUUUGUACAAAAUUAAUAUUCGGGAUGAUUUGAAUUUCAUAAAGUCGUAGACUCUUUCCUCUUUUUGUGCUUUCGCCAGCCAAGCCAAUUUGAUGGAAACAGUGUUAUUGUAUUUGAUAUGACGUUUCAUUUAUGAUUAGUCAUUAAUCAAUGUGGUUAUUUUGUGAUUUCGUAAAACUUGUCAGCAAUCAUUUUUUAUUAAAUAAUAAUAAUUAUUAUUAUAAGAAGAGACCUUAAAAUUUGUACCGAAAUGCCUUGUAAGUUGUCAGUAUUUUGAAUAAAUUGUGUAUGACGCA